AUGUUGAUGGAUCUGAUUCGAGGAAACGGCAUCUUCGCCGGCAAAUCUCCCUACAAUGCGGCCGAUGUCCCAGACCAGACUGGCCGUGUGCACCUAGUAACUGGAGCCAACACCGGCAUCGGAUUUGUCACCGCCAAAGCUCUUGCGGCCAAGCACGCCAAAGUAUACCUUGCUUGUAGAAAUACGGAAAAGGGACAGGAAGCGAUUGAAAAGAUCAAAAAGGCGCAGGCAGAUGCUGAUGUGGUGCUGCUCAAGCUCGACUUGGGAAGCUUGGUCGCUGUCAAGGCUGCUGCCGAGGAGUUUCUGAGCAAAGAGACGAGAUUGGACGUGCUGAUCAACUCGGCUGGCGUCAUGACUCCGCCAAGAGGAAGCAAGACUUUGGAUGGUUACGAGUUGACCUUUGGCACCAACAAUAUUGGUCACCACGCCUUUACCCAGACGCUGCUACCCCUGAUAAAAAAGACUGCCGCAUCUUCUCCUCCCGACUCUGUGCGCAUCGUAUAUGUCAGCAGCGCUGCGCAUUGGAACAUGGCGCCCAAAAAGCUCGACUUUGAGGCGGUCAAGGAGCCCAACAUUGCGAGACUCGCGCCCGCGCCCUUGUACGGUCAAAGCAAAUUGGUCAACAUACAGCAAGCCAAGGUGCUGGCGCGCCAGCUCAAAGAUGAUGGCGUCGUCGUCACUUCGCUGCAUCCAGGACUCAUUGCGAGCGACCUGUACAGGUACAUGGGACCCUUUCUCACAGUCUUCAUGUCCAGCGUCGAGCUCGGUGCGGUGACGCAGCUCUAUUGCGCCACUUCGCCCAAUGUCACCCUAGCCGACUCUGGAGAGUACUACGUUCCUUGGGCACGCAAGUUCAAGACGCAGCAUGCUCUGGCAGAGAAUGUCGAAGAGCAGCAAAAGGCUUGGGACUACCUCGAAAAGGAGGUUGGCGAUUUUUACUCCAAGCAUGCAGCCGAGCCAUCCACGACGCAGCCUGCUGCACCCGCCCAGCCAGCUGUCUGA